AUGGAGCAGACGCCGCCGAAGAAGAAGAAAUACAGCCGGCACCGCAAGCCGCCCUACACCUACCUGGCCAUGAUCGCCCUGGUGAUCCAGGCCUCGCCGGGCAGGAAGCUGAAGCUGUCCCAGAUCAUCCAGGAGAUCGGCGCCCUCUUCCCCUUCUUCACCGAGGGCUACCAGGGCUGGAAGGACUCCAUCCGCCACAACCUGUCCUCCAACCGCUGCUUCUCCAAGCUGCUGAAGGAUCCCGCGAAGCCCAAGGCCAAAGGGAAUUUCUGGACAGUGGACGUGAGCCGGAUCCCCCCAGAAGCCCUGAAGCUGCAGAACACGGCCAUCUCCCGGCAGGAGGCGGCCUCCUUCGCCAGCGACCUGGCCCCCUUCAUCCUGCACGGGCAGCACUACAGGGGGGGCCCCCAGCAGAUGCUGCCUGCAGCCAGCGUGGGCGCUAGAGUUCCCGCACCUGGGGCCGAUCCAGAGACUCAGGCCCCGCAGGCCAGGCCCCAGCUGGACACUUCCUUUUCCAUCCAGUCCCUGCUGCAGAACCUGCACAAGGUGGACUUGAACGAGCAGCCCGGGGGUCAGGGGUUGCCCAGGCUGGGGAGGUCUCUGCACCCGGAGUGCCAGGAGCCCUCUCCCUUCCCGCUUCCUUCCCCCGCUGCGCUGAGGGCCCCUGGCAGCCCCAGCUACCCCUCCAGGGGCCCUGGCAUCCCAAGGACUCGCUCCUCCUCUGCCUCGACGCUGCCCUUGGAUGAAAAGAGCCCAGGCAGCCCACAGCCCCCGGCUCUGGGCAAGUGCCCCCAGCUGCUCCAUGCCUUCCCGAGCAGCAGCUCCGACUCAGAGGGUUCCACCUACUGCCCCGCUGCCUACGUCAGCCCAGCCUACUGGGACCUUGUGCCCCAGCCCUUGCCAGCGGCCCUUCCCCCACUGCUGGGCGUCCCCAUGGACCUGGACAGCGCCCUCCCGGCCCUCCCGCAGCAAGGCCAGACACGCCCCUCCCACGGCGCCUCUGCCCUGGCACACCCAGCAUCUGGUGCCCCCCCAGUACGGGGGGUUCUGAGGGACACGGGGGCAGCCCCUUUCCGGCGGGGCAGCAGCGCGGCUGCUGGGCGAUGGCUGAUGCUAAACGUGCAAUAA